UACAGUCGUUGGGGAGAAAAAAUAACGACAAAAGCCUUUAAGCCCUCAACGAGCUGCCUUAGAAAACACCACCCCGCCCCCUUUCCCUUCCGAUCCACUCCACCUCUCCAAUGGCCUCCUCCACCAACAAAUCCACCGCCACCGUCUUCUGUAAAGCGAUGAUCUUGCUUCAACUCCCCCUCUUUGCCACUGUCUUCAUCUUUCUAAAAUCCAGACCGGCCACCACCUGCUACAAUUCCAUCAUCAGCUUCGGGGAUUCGAUCGCCGACACCGGGAACUACCUCGUCGACUUCGGCGAGAAGGCCGGCCCAGUUGGCCAUCCCCCAUAUGGCAAGACCUACUUCCGCCGCCCCACUGGCCGGUUCUCCGAUGGGCGAGUCAUCAUUGACUUCAUUGCUCAGGCCAUGGGGCUGCCGCUCGUGCCGCCGUAUCUUGUGAGAACCAGCAAGCAGGAUCUCCGGUAUGGCGUAAAUUUCGCGGUCGCCGGGGUUACCGCGCUCGACGGCAAAUUCUUUAGGGACAAAGGGAUGGUUCUCACGUGGCCCCAGUACUCGUUGGCUACGCAGAUCCAGUGGUUUAAAAAAUUGCUGCCUUCUCUCUGCUCCUCUAAAUCAGACUGUGAAAGCUUCUUCAGCAAGUCCCUCGUCCUCAUGGGAGAGAUCGGAGGAAACGACUACAACCACCCAUUCGCCCAGUUAAAGGCCAUAGAUGAGAUACGAACCUAUGUUCCUAGCGUCGUCAACAUCACUAGCUGGGCUAUCAAUAGCUUGAUCGAGCUCGGGGCCAAAACGUUGGUAGUACCAGGAAUUUUCCCACUUGGAUGCGUCUCCGCGUAUCUUACGGUGCACCAGAGCGGAAGAAGAGAAGACUACGACCCGCAGACAGGCUGUAUCAAGUGGUUGAACGAGUUCUCUGAGUACCACAACAGCCUCCUCCAGACUGAGUUGGAUCGGCUCCGAAGACUUCACCCCCGUAUCACCAUCAUCUAUGCCAACUACUACGAUGCUGCCAUGGAUAUCUACCGUCAUCCGCUCAAAUACGGAUUUGAUGCACCUCUAGCUGCAUGCUGUGGAGGUGGUGGUCCGUAUAAUUUCAACCUCACUGCAAUGUGUGGAGCUCGAGAGGAUACGGUCUGCAGUGAUCCCUCGAAGCAUGUAUGUUGGGAUGGAAUGCACCUAACCGAUGCGGCUUAUGAGAUUAUUGCCCGUGGCUUGUUACAAGGAUCAUAUGCCUCUGCUCCUAUAACUCAAGCUUGCCUUCUGCUGGAGCCAGACGUCCCUCAACUCCAGCGUGUAUUUUAGCCAAAAGAAGAUCAUUGUGUUUGAACAUGGACAGCAAUCCGUUCCUUGCCCGGCAUGGAUGGUUGCCGAAUAUGCUGUUCCUUAUCAAGAAACUAGCUUCUUUCUGUAUUCUUUUCAUUUUCUAAUCUCUAGCUAGCUUCCAAAAUACUAUGCUGAUAUCCUGAUAUUUGCUUGUGAGGAACUCAAUUUUUGUUGUAGAUGUGCUCCUCGCAGUCCAUGUCGUGCAAUUUAGUGCUGAUGCGCGCUGCUUCCAUUGGAGGUUGGACAA